UCCUCUCUUUAACGCAAAAAUACAAAAACAAAAAAAGAAGAAGCUUCCCUCUUACAGUAAAGCUUCAUCGACACAGAGUUCUCCAAAAAUUAGAGCUUAUGCUAUUUAUAUGCUAGUACUAAUAUUUUUCCUAUUAUGUUCAUUGGACUAGCUUCCCUCGUAAAAAAGAGUAACUUACGAUUAUCCAUACAAUUUCUGCUCCUUCUAUAAAUACUUGAUAAUCUUCUGUUUUUAUAUAUAGAAUAAAUUUAAAGCUGAUGUAUAAAAUAAUGGAAGUUGAAGUUUUAAUGGAUCAGGCAAAUUAGAGAAAUUUGAAAGCUGAUUUCUUGAAUGCGCCAAGGCUUUCAUCUCUUAUCUUACCCUGAUUUAUUGGCAAUUUCUUCGAACCCAUAAAAAGAUUCGUACCUAUUUUGUUGAAAUGCAAUGGGGCGGCUGGGCGCUUCUCAAAUAUCAAUACCAACAACCAAUAUAUGGAGCAAAUCCAUCGGGAGACCAAGGGUUGUAUCGUAAAUCCAUGGAUGCACAUGAAUAGCAUGAGCAAAGAUUUCUGCUGGCGUGUGAUGAUAGAUACCAAAUAAAAUCGUUUCGUUUGCCUAUGAAAUAUAUAAAAUUCGGAGAUGUUCAUGGAGGAGUUGGUUAUUAGGGAAAACGAGGAGAGGGAGAGGAAAAUGGAGAUGGUUGGGUCUGAAAAUGGGGAAAGAGUAGGGGGAGGAUAUUGUAGGGAUAGCCCACCUGAAGAUGACUGCUGCCCCAUUUGCUUUGAUGAUUUCCACUUUCCAUCCAGAACUAGCUGUGGCCACUGGUUUUGCUCUUGAAUGCAAACCAUUGUAUUGGUUGAAAGAAUAUGUAAUGGUGGUCUCUCUCUCCCACCAUUGGCUCUCUUAUGCACUUGGAUGUGAUUUAACAGCAAGCUGCAUUCUGGAGCUAUGGAGAUACCGGGCAAAAUCCAAACAAUGCAAAUGCCCUAUAUGUGGAUGUUUAAUACAUAAUCUGGUUCUGCAGUCGUCUAUAGUGAUUGAGCCGGGAGAAGAAGUUGGUAAAAUCCUCAGAGACAUCCAACUAUACAAUACUAUGAACCUUGGGGGGUUGUCUGGCCUCUUAAUGAAAGCGGCAGCGCUGCCAGUGGUAAUCAGGAGAGGGGUGUGGGAAAAUUUGAAUAUAACAAUGUUGGAGUACAUAUGUAACUCAAUGCAUAGAAUUGGUCUGCUGUUGGGUGUUAUGUAUGAAGUUUUUGAGUUGCAAUUCUUCCCCAGUGGAGGGCUAGGGAUCGCGGUAUGGUUUGAUAUGUGCAUCUAUGGUUUGGUUGUAUUCCUGCUAUGGGAUGUCAUAUGGCAGAGAUGGAUGAUCAUCAUCACACGAUUGCUUUAACAUACUUGUAAACUGCCAAUAUUUUCUUUUUCUUUUUCUCCUUUAAAAAGAGGCUGGACUGGAGUAAUGUUGUGGAUACUAGUAUUUUUGUUUUCUUGAUAUAUUCGGGUUGCAUACUCAAUAGUUAAUAACCGAUUGAAGAA